AGGCGGGGGGUUGGCUGCGAUGUGAGAGUGCGGCUCUUCUCUGCUCUCUCAUCACCUCUGUUUUUUUCUUUUCUUUUCUUUUUUAAAUUUCCCAAGCUUUUUCACGCAGCCGCCCCGUCCCCUCUUUCUUUUUCUUUUUUUUCUUUUUUUUUUCUGUAGAAAUAUACCUGUCUGUAAAUACACAUCCACACCGGUUUUUGUUCUUUUUUUUUUUUUUUUUUUUUCCGGGUUCUUUUUUCUGCAGGGGCCAAAUCCUCGAUCCAGCGGGGCGUGCAGCUCGGGUGGCAGAGCAGAGCCCCGCGGCCAGGGGCUUCCUCAACAACCUCGCUCGUCUCUCCCGCCGGUGCCGCCCCCGCAGCGCCAUGGAUCACCAGCCCAAGUUCUUCGAGAACCUCUCUGGCACCGGGAAGGCCAUCGGGGUGCUGACCAGCGGCGGCGAUGCCCAAGGUAUGAACGCUGCUGUGCGCGCAGUAGUACGCAUGGGAAUCUAUGUAAAAGCCAAAGUGUAUUUUAUUUAUGAGGGUUACCAGGGAAUGGUUGAUGGAGGUGAUAAUAUUGUAGAAGUUUCAUGGGAAAGUGUUUCAAGUAUCCUGCAAGUGGGUGGUACAGUUAUUGGUAGUGCACGCUGCAAAUCCUUUCGUACCCGGGAGGGCCGUCUGCAGGCAGCCUGCAACUUGGUUCAGAGAGGAAUCACUAAUCUUUGUGUGAUUGGUGGAGAUGGUAGCUUAACUGGUGCCAAUCUCUUCCGUGAAGAAUGGAGUGGACUUCUAGAAGAACUGGCACAGAAAGGAAAGAUUGAUCGAGAGGCUGUUAAGAAAUAUGCUUACCUUAACAUUGUGGGAAUGGUUGGAUCCAUAGACAAUGACUUCUGUGGCACUGACAUGACCAUAGGAACUGACUCAGCCUUGCACAGAAUCAUUGAAGUUGUGGAUGCCAUCAUGACCACUGCUCAGAGCCAUCAGAGGACAUUUGUUCUGGAGGUAAUGGGUAGACACUGUGGGUAUCUAGCUCUUGUUAGUGCCUUAGCCUGUGGUGCAGAUUGGGUGUUUAUUCCUGAAUAUCCACCAGAAGAAGGAUGGGAAGAUUCAAUGUGUGUUAAGCUUUCAGAGAAUCGUGCACGAAAGAAAAGGCUGAAUAUUAUUAUUGUAGCUGAAGGAGCUAUUGAUUGCCACAACAAACCUAUAACAUCAGAGAAGGUUAAGGAUCUUGUGGUUCAGCGACUUGGCUUUGACACUCGAGUAACUAUCUUGGGUCAUGUGCAAAGAGGUGGAACCCCUUCAGCUUUUGACAGAAUUUUGGCAAGUCGUAUGGGUGUGGAAGCUGUUCUUGCCCUUUUAGAAGCUACUCCAGCUACCCCUGCCUGUGUCGUGUCCCUGUGUGGAAACCAGUCUGUUCGUCUGCCGUUGAUGGAGUGUGUGCAGAUGACUCAAGAAGUCCAGAAGGCAAUGGAUGAGGGAAGAUUUGUUGAGGCUGUGAGACUCCGUGGAAGGAGCUUUGAAAACAACCUUAACACCUACAAAUUACUGUCACACAAAAAACCAGAUGCUGAGCUUCCAAAGACUAAUUUUAAUGUGGCAGUUUUAAAUGUUGGUGCCCCUGCAGCUGGAAUGAAUGCUGCAGUGAGGGCUGCAGUGAGAGUUGGCAUAACUGAAGGCCAUAAAAUGUUUGCUGUCAUUGAUGGAUUUGAAGGUUUUUCUAGAGGGAAGAUAAAGGAAAUCAGCUGGGGAGAUGUUGGAGGCUGGACUGGUCAAGGAGGAUCAAUUCUUGGUACAAAACGUACGCUUCCUGCAAAAUAUUUGGAGAAGAUUGCUGACCAGAUGCGCACUAACAACAUUAACGCCCUUAUGGUUAUUGGUGGAUUUGAGGCAUACCUCGGACUUCUGGAAUUGUCAGCUGCCCGAGAGAAAUAUGACGAAUUCUGUGUUCCCAUGGUUAUGGUUCCUGCAACUGUAUCCAACAAUGUACCGGGUUCAGAUUUCAGCAUUGGUGCAGAUACUGCUCUGAACACUAUAACUGAUGCCUAUGAGAGUUGUCUGCAGCUACACGAGGCACGUUCCUGCUAUGAGGAGUUUUGCGUACCUAUCUGUGUGUUGCCUGCUACUAUUAGCAACAAUGUGCCAGGCACAGACUUUAGCAUUGGUGCUGACACUGCCUUGAAUGCUAUUGUGGAGACGUGUGAUCGCAUCAAACAAUCAGCCAGUGGGACCAAGCGUCGUGUGUUCAUCAUUGAGACCAUGGGUGGUUAUUGUGGUUAUCUGGCUAACAUGGGGGCCCUUGCAGCAGGAGCAGAUGCUGCCUACAUCUUUGAAGAACAGUUUGAUAUUCGGGAGCUCCAGGCUAAUGUGGAACACUUGACUGAAAAAAUGAAAACCAGUAUCCAGCGUGGUCUAGUGCUGAGAAAUGAGAACUGCAACGAGAACUACACAACUGACUUCAUCUACCAGCUGUAUUCUGAAGAAGGGAAAGGAGUGUUUGACUGUCGCAAAAAUGUAUUGGGCCACAUGCAGCAGGGUGGUGCACCUUCACCGUUUGAUAGAAACUUUGGGACAAAGAUUUCUGCAAAAGCUAUGCAAUGGAUCUCCAAAAAACUGAAAGAAACCUACCGGAAAGGAAAAAUAUUUGCCAAUACUGAUGACUCAGUGUGUUUGCUGGGAAUGCGUAGACGCAACCUUGUUUUCCAACCCGUGGCUGAGCUGAAGACUGAAACAGACUUUGUACACAGAAUUCCCAAGGAGCAAUGGUGGCUGAAGCUGCGACCACUGAUGAAAAUCCUGGCCAAGUACAAGACUAGUUACGAUGUGUCAGAUUCCGGCCAGCUGGAGCAUGUUGCCAUGCACAGCCAAAAGGAAGUAGAAACUGGAACCAUCUAAACACAUCACUUCUAGAUUAUUGUAAUAGAUGCACAUUGUGAGUAACAAUGCUUUAGAAUCGUUACAGCUUUGUUUUGUAACAUUUAAAUUAUUGUACCAGCACUUUACGUGAAACAAGACAUCCAGGUGUCACAUAGAUUUUGUCCUGUAUUUGUGUUACGUUUGAAGUAAACCCCAGCAUCUAAUGGAUAAGCACCAGUUACUGAUACUACCCUAUAACCAUAAUGCAACACUGCUCUAUGCACUCUGUAAGUUACUCAUCUACUGCACUUUGUUCCAGAGUACUUACACCCAAAAAAUAAGUGUAGAUGGCUAGCUUUGUGUUGAGUUACAGGAUGUGCUUAAUGUAUCUGAAGUGAAAUAAAGUACUGUUGCAAACAUCA